UGAUAAAUACAUGUCAAAAAAUCCUGUAUGUGAUAAUAAUGUAUAUUAUUUUUACAUAGAUAUAUGAUAGAUUAUACUAUCAGCAUAUUUGAAUUAUUUGUUUUUCUUUUGUAUAUUGAAGUAAAAUGAUGGGCGAGAAAGGAGCGAUCGAACCCAAGGAAGGACGAAGAAGUAAACCAAAUAAUUAUACCGGGAAGAUGAUUGCAGGGCUGUAUGACCUCGGGGAUACUUUAGGUCGUGGACAUUUCGCAGUUGUGAAACUUGCUAAGCAUGUGUUUACUGGUGAGCAAGUCGCUGUAAAAGUGAUUGAUAAAACGAAACUAGACGAUAUGUCGCGUGCUCACUUGUUUCAAGAAGUUCGUUUGAUGAAACUUGUUCAACAUCCUAAUGUAGUUAGGCUGUAUGAUGUUAUUGACACACAAACAAAACUUUACCUCAUAUUAGAAUUCGGAAACGGUGGAGAUAUGUACGAUUACAUUAUGAAACACGAUAAAGGAAUAGAUGAAGAGACAGCCAAAACUUAUUUCCAGCAGAUCCUGCAUGCAAUAUCUUACUGUCACAAACUUCAUGUGGUACAUCGUGACUUGAAACCGGAAAAUGUCGUAUUUUUUGAAAAACUAGGAAUGGUAAAAUUGACAGACUUUGGAUUUAGCAAUAAAUUUUGCCCUGGUCAAAAAUUGGAAACUUCUUGUGGGUCAUUGGCAUACUCUGCACCAGAAAUACUUUUGGGGGAUUCUUAUGAUGCACCAAAAGUAGAUGUAUGGAGUCUGGGAGUGAUCCUGUACAUGUUAGUUUGUGGACAUGCCCCCUUUUUGGAAGCAAAUGACAGUGAGACUUUGACCAUGAUUAUGGACUGUAAAUACACAAUUCCAGCACAUGUAUCAGAUGGCUGUAAAAGGUUGAUAUCAAGUAUGCUUAUUAGAGACCCUGAAAAGCGUGCAACACUAGAGAAUAUUGCCCGUGAUCUCUGGUUAAACUCUGGUGACCCUAUUCAACCAGCAGACUAUUUGCCCCUUGUUUCUAGGGAACAUUUAUCCGAAGAAGACCAUGCUUAUAUCAUUCAGAAGAUGGUGAAUGGUAACAUUGCAAUUAAAGAAGAAAUCCUGGAAGCAUUGGACAAGAAUGAGUACAACCACAUUACUGCCACCUACUUUCUUCUUGCUGAGAGAAAACUGCGAGCUCAGCGACAAGAGAAAGCUCAUCAGUUAAACAUCAGAAAUUGUAGAGGUGACUUUUCUCCAUUAGCGAUAACACCAGAGGUGGCAACAUCAAAUCCAUCACCUACUCAAGAAAAACUUGAUAUUCCACAUGAUAAUUUAGUGUCUCCCCUUUCUCCCUUGAAACCCCUGAAUACUCAUAGUUAUGGUCUAUAUCUGACUCCCUCACACUUAGGUGUUAGCUUGAGUUCUGUGUCUCAACUGCCUUUGGCCAGGAAGUGUAGUAUAGUACGGGAAGAAGAGGACAAUGUGAGCAUGACUAGUGGUGGAAGUAGUUCUCCAGUGAAAUCACCUGCGCUACAGAACAAUUUCCACAAUGAGAAUAUUGAAGAGGAAGAAACUUGCCUAUCUUUAGCAGUUCCAGAACAAGAAACCCUUCAAAUGUUUCCUGUGAAAAGACCAGAGUUACCUUUAUCUCUAGAAAAAGAAAUAGGAAAUUCUUGUUCUUCCACCAGGAAAGAGGAGUACCCUAUAUAUUACUCUACCAAAAAACUCAAAAUAUUACCCUCUGGUGGUCAUCGACUUCAUGCUGUUAAAAGCUCACCACAACUUCUACUGAAGAACCAAAAUGAGGAAGUUUUAGUGGGUGCCAAGCCAGUUUCCAAAUCUUGUAAGUCAAGACAAACUAGGAAGCAGCUAUACUGUGUAAAACAAACUUCACGGUCUCUUUUGCCCCAUGCCAUGUUACAUUUAAUGGGACAAUAUCACAGACAGCACUUUGGAAAUUCUAAUAAAACUUCCUGCUUCAGUGAGCAGACUAAUCAGAAGCAAGAUUAUCAGGAAAAAAUAUACAUAACUGACAAAGAAAACACCAGAUUAAGUGACAAAAAAACUUUUGAAAAUGAUGUAAUAAAUGACAAAUACCAAGUUAGAAAUUACCAAGUUCCUUCAGCUGGUCUAAUUUCCAAGCUUGAUACACUAGAAAACACUAAUGUAGUAGAAGAUGAUCAUCACAACUAUACAUACACACCUGAAGAUGAAAGAAUGGUCUUUAGGCCUCAUUCUUUAGAUAAAACAGUUUUCUCUGUUGACAGUAAUGACAGUCUGGACUUCCUAUCAGAUUCUCAGCCUCGUCUGAUGGAGUCUGUUUCCUGUGGGGAUCUGUACAUAGACUAUUCUUGCAAUCAGGAGUUAGUAAACUCUGAUAACAUAACUUUAACAGAGGUGUCAGCACACACAAAUUCAAAUGGACACAGUAGUCUUGGCCAAGAAGAAGGCAGUGAAAUUAACAAUGAUCUAAUUAAUGACCAUAAUUCUUUUCCUACAAGUUGGAGUGAGAUUAGCAAACUCUCACAGCUUCAGGUGGAAGAAAGGGGUGGUAGCAAUUCUAACAUCAGUGAGCCAACUAAGCUGCAAGGGGUGGGGGUGUGUAGCACCAAAACCGACAUCAGGACACCAGCACAACUUCAGCAUGUAGAUGGUAGCAGUUUAUAUGUUGGUAGAUUGACCCAGCACCAGCAAAUGGACACAACUGACCAUCAUCAGGUGGACAAAAAAGUCAGCAAUGAAUGGAGUCCAAAGUCUAAAGGAUUAAAUCUGACAAGGCUUGUCCACUCAGCUAGUAAGCAAGUGUCCACACUGGAUAUUAACCAGAAUGGUUGGAGAAAAAUGGACAGGUCUAGACAUCGAAACAGAAACAAGCAGAGCAUAACAGACAUGAAAAUGGCUUCCAAAUGUUGCACUAUUUGCUAAUACAAGUUUUUAUUGAAUAAACUAUACAUAAAUCAAAUAUGGAGUAAUUAUAAUCUGCAGAAUAUACAGUGUUUUCUGUUAAGAUGUUGCAACCUGUCAACUUGUGAUGCUUUUAUGUUUGUGAGACCUGUAAUUAAUUGGACCUUAAGUGGAUUUUUUAUAUGCAUUUACAUUCACUGUUAACAAACUUUUUUUUUUAACUUUAAUGGAUCUUCAUUUGACCAAUUUGUUAAUAUUAUUUACAUGCAUGAAUCUCAUUUAUAAAAAUCUUUACUCUGAAUAGAAAAAAUACACAAUGGAUGUGUGUAAAUACUGUACAAGUAUAUACAGUAGUUAGACAAGAUUUCUGUAAGGUAAAUUUCCAACAUGAUGGUAGCAAAUUAAGAUUAUUUCAUGUUAUUACAAAGGUUGAUCUAUAAAUAGUUUUGGACAACUUGUGGAACCAAUCUCUUUCCAGAAUCACAAAAUAAUGAACAUUAUCAGUUAUUGAAUCUCGAUCCCUUUUAAAUAUCUUAACUCAGGUGUAGGCUAAGGAGUAUAUGUAAAGUUGGGCUUGUUGUUAAAGUGAUAGAAAUUUUUACCCUUCCAAUGAAAACUUGAUGUUUACUUAAAUAUGGACACAAAUACAAGUGCUUUAUACUGCCAGAAAAUGUAGAGGAAAACAAUAUUUCCUUCCCUCCAUGGUGCUCUUACUUAAAAGGUGUAAUGUUAAAAAUUGGUGUUUAAAAGGUCUUUCUCAAGAACAUUUUUGUUUAUAGUUUUCUUGUGAUAUAUUAUUCUAUUUAUUGUUAAAAUAAUUUUUUUUUUGUUGCUUGUGAAACUUUUUGUAGAACUUAAAAGUGGUUAAGCCAGAAUCAUUAUUUGAUUUUGUCACUUUUUUGCAGAACUUUUACUGUAUUUCUGUUUACUGGUCCUGAUGUGGAUGACUUUUAAUGUACUUAUCAGUAUUGUAAGCAAAAAUGUUGGCAAGUUGUGACACCUUAACAAAGUUUAUAGCUUGUAAAAACUUACACUGUGGAAGAUCUGAAACAUAUAUUGGUAUGUUAUAGAACAUGAAAUUAAUGAUUUUGACAGCUUAUGAAAAAUUAUCUGAUAUAUAUACUGAAUCAUAAUGACCUUAGUGAGUAAACACCUCCAAAAUAUCAAGAUAUGUUAUAUGUAAGUGUUCACAAAUAAACAUUGUACUCAAACACAAUACAACAUAAAUAAGCCAUUGGUCUGAGCUGCAGUACAACAUUAAUAUGUAAAACUGUAAUCAGCUAUAACCUUAAUAGUAUUAACACAUCUAUAUCUUAAUUGUAUUGUUAACAUGUGGUACUCAAUAAAAUUGGUACUUCAGAAACACUACUAACUUCUCUGCACCAUUAAGAGCUGUUACCUCAUGUGCAACUGCUGCAGAAUUUCCUGUGCAUACCAAAAGCCUUGAAUAAAUUCCCACCCUUAAAUAUGUACACGUGUUGCUUCAGCCUAUGAUAUAAUUGUUAUAAUGCUUUAGCCCUUUACCAGUAGGAGUGUGACACAACUUUCAUAUGCAGUAAUCCAAAUGUGUGCUAGCACAUAAUCAUGGGCUCAUUCUUUCCUCAGCACUGCCUAUGUUCAGACUUUCUAUUCACCUUAAUCAAAUGCAUUUCUUUAAUUAGUGUUACAUAGCUUUUAUCUCUGUUGCACUUUAGCUCCAUCCACUAGAUUACAACUUCAUUUUCUUUAGCCAUCACAUUUAUACUUUAGACUACAUUCACCAAGGUAUGCCAAGUAAAAUAUGUACAUAUUAUAUAUAUGUGUGUGUGUGUGUGUGUGUGUAUGUAUAUAUAUAUCAUAUUUAUAAUACAAAUCCUUAAUCAAAAUGGGAUAUCAGAUGUGUCCUGGUUUUUGGAAGUGACUGCAGAAGUAGGUCCCACAUAGCAGUGGGAGUAAACCAUCUGUCAGUCUUCCUCUCUGUUUGUAAAGCCUCACACAUAAGGAAAAGAAUAAUAAAAGAGUAAAUUAAGAUAAGAGAGCAAAAAUGGGUAUUCAAGCCCACAAGGUCCCACAUCUAUAUCACAUAUUUCUGACUGCAGACAGUUGUGGGAAGGUGACUGCUCUCAGAAAAUAAAUAAAAAAGAAAGAAAAGGCCCUACCAUUAGGGGUGGCAAGUAAGAAAACCUUACCUUGUGAAGGUGGAAUUCCAGUCUCCAGUAUGUUAGUAAAAGCUCAAAUGAAUAGGGUAAUUAAUAGUAGCACAGCAGAUAAAUUAUACUAGAAUAAAAUCUGUACUCUCAGUUUAACUACUAACUUUCAUACUGUUUUCUACCUGCCAGAGAGAGUUAUAUGGAAGAGGUCUCACAGGUUAGCAUGUGGACUGCACUUAAGACAUUCAUCUUAUAUUGCUUAUGUCCUUGGGCAGUUUUGUGUGUUUACAUAGGUUAAUCCUCUCGCCAUUCUUUACUAUUCACAUCACGAGGUUUUUAGUAAGUUACACUCAGAAUUUAAUUAAAGUACUUUCUUUUUUUGUUAUACAAAUUAGUAUAGCAUAAAUUCAUAACUAAUAACUCAUAUUUUAAUAUCAUGCAAGUUUUAAGUUCUUAAUUUUAUAAUGCAAUAUUUAAAAAAUCCUAAAUUUCUCUUAGUGUAAGAAAUGUGACAUUUUUUUCUCCAGGCUUCCUCACUUCUCUAAUUUAUUCAUCACCUCUCCAAUAAGUCUGAAAUUUAAUGUAAAUUACUCACUAUAAUAUUGUCAUUGCCUAGACAAAGAAUAAUUUUCCUAGCCUUCAAUCUUGUUUGGUUACAAUGCCUUCAAAUAAAAAAAAUCAGACCCCUUUUGCCACACCCACCUAUCAC